AUGGACACUUCUGAGGCACCAAUGCGUGGAAUAUUAAGGUCCAGCGUGACUCAAACUCGAACUGAGACACCAUCUACAAGUUCAGCUGCCACACAACCGAGUGGAAAAGCUGAUGGUAGUAAUUCAAUAAGUCAACAGCCUAUUAUGGAAGGUGAUGGUAAUACUUCGCAGACGAGGCCACAACCAAAUGGAGGCCCAGUACGAAAAGGGCGUGGAAAAGCAAAGAAUAUAGCCCUACACAAAGCUCAGGACCUCUAUGGAAAGGAUGUUCCAAUUCCGGUAGAGUUUGGGACGGGUUAUAUUAAACCCGUUGGCAAAAAUCACAAUUUAUGGACGGCUGAGGUUAGCAUCCAUGCGAGAAAUAAAGAAGCAUUAUUGAAAUAUAAAACGUGGAGGGAAAUUCCAGAUUAUGAGAGACAGGUCUGCUAUGACCAUUUUAAGGUGACCUUUGGAGUGGAUGCACAUGACAAUGAAACUGAUUUCAAGCGAGUAACUAAGGAAAUGUCCGAACGCUUGAGGAAAUAUAGAUAUAAAUUGAAGAAUCAUUUUGACAAGCAUCUUCCAAUUGAGAAUGCACGCUUGCAUCCUUAUGGUAUUAUUGAUAUUGAUGUUUGGGGAAAAAUGUGCGAUUGGUGGACGUCACCAGAAUUUCAAGUUCGGAUUUUUAACCACUUGCUUUAA